UUUCCGGUGUAUAGGAAGGCAGGCGGGUGCGCUGCUUAACAAGUAUAUGGAGGGAUGGAGAAUAUUUCGCGAUGUGCUUCAUAGCAACGCAGUUUCAUUCCAGACUGCCAGAAUUCCCCUCCUAACAAUGACCAAGCAAGCAAAAGCAGGAUCCGAUCCUACUUGGAAAAGCAAAGCACCGUCACUUUGUGGACUCGCACAGAUAACAGACGGCCUGUACCUCAGCAAUGCAGUUGCAGCCAUCAACAGGGUCCUUCUUACUAGAUAUCGCAUCACGUGUAUCAUCAGUGUCUCUCUGGAAUACACCAGCCAUGUCUAUACCGACUUGGAGUAUCUCCAUUUUCCAAUCGCAGACACUCCUGAUAGUUACUUGUUUAAGCAUUUUGAAGCCAUAACAGACAAGAUCAAAAAUGUGGAACUCAAUGGAGGUCGUACAUUGAUUCACUGUGUAGCAGGCAUUAGUAGGUCUCCGGCGCUCUGCCUUGGCUAUCUUAUGAAACACAAAGGCUUAACCCUGCUGGCAGCACACUCUUAUCUGAAAUCACUCAGACCGAUCAUUCGCCCCAAUAAUGGCUUUUGGAAACAGCUGAUCGCCUAUGAGAUGGACUUAUUUGGGGUAAACACUGUACACAUGAUUAACUCCCCGAUGGGACUUAUUCCAACCAUAUAUGAAAAGGAGGUGAAGAACAUGGUCCCAUUUUAAAUACAGUUUGUGUAAUGUCUGAAAAUAAAAGUAUAAGAACUA